GAAACUAACGAAACAUUUUAAGCUCAUUACAAACGAAUAAAAACCUAGUACAAACGAUUAAAUUAGUUCAUUUUGUGAAAAGCAAUCACCUCUCAGCUAUUUACAAUAUAAAUAAUAUUCUCUUAUUGGCACUAUUUUGAAAGUGUUGUCUAUGCUCUCCAAUUCAACCUCGUGAUAAAAAGACAAUGUUUGUGUUAACAGAGUUAAAAGACGUUGUUAAAAUUCCGCCUUGGAAGUUCAAGAGAAAAUUCAACGACGCUAUUACUGAUGAGUUGAAUCGAAAGCUUGCGAAUAAGGUAUAUUUAAACGUAGGAUUAUGUAUAGCCCUUCACGAUAUUCUAAAAAUCGAAGAAUCCUUCAUAUUUCCUGGAGAUGGCUCGUCACACACUAAAGUCUCCUUCAGAUUUAUUGUUUUUCGACCUUUCAUGGAGGAAAUACUCAUUGGGAAAAUAAGAAGUUGCAGUCCUGAGGGGGUGCACGUCACAUUAGGAUUUUUCGAAGACAUCAUAAUCCCUCCCCACAAAUUGCAGUAUCCCUCGAGGUUUGACCAAGCGGAGCAAGCUUGGGUCUGGGAAUAUGAUACUGGAGAUGGCGAAAGACAUGAUCUUUUUAUGGAUGCAAAUGAAAUCAUCAGAUUCAGAGUUGUCAAAGAGGAAUUUGUUGAGACUCUCCCUUCAGUCCCAACAAUUGCCGGAGAAAAUUCAGAGACUUCAGAAAAUAAAAUUGUUUCACCUUAUACGUUAGGGGCAGCUAUUGACGAAGCUGGCUUAGGUUUAAUUUCUUGGUGGGAGAAUAGCUGAAAGAGGAAUAAAAGUGCAAAUGACAUACCACAUGUUCCAAAGAAAAUGAGAAAAUAAAAGAAAGUGUUCUCAACUCCUUAACGAGCAAAGCAGACAUUUGAAGCCGCCAAAACGUUCAGUCACUAAAUACAUGAUAAUUAAAAAUAAAGAAA